AGAGCUCCCCUCCCAUUUUCCUCUAUAGAAUCCUCCUCCAAUAGAAUUUGUUUCUUCCACUUGCUCUUUCCUUUUUUACGCAAGCCUUUCUCUUCUUUCCCCUCCACCACAAUACAAACUCAUCUUUAAUAGGAAAAACAGUUUCUGCCCUUGUCACCACCAUAUCAUGACAGAGACCCUCUUGUUGUUAUUGCUACUCUUUUCACUCUUCAUCAUAGCUUACAUAAUAAUCUUCUUCUUCACCACUACAACCACCGUUCUCCGCCUUCCACCAAGUCCACCAUCACUCCCUCUAAUAGGCCACCUCCACCUCCUCACUCCAUCUCUCUACAAAUCCUUCCAAUCCAUCUCCUCAAAACACGGCCCUCUCCUCCACCUCCGUCUCGGCCCCUCUGGCCACCUCCUCCUCGUCUCUUCUGCCUCCUCCGCUGCCUCUAUAUUCAAAACAAAUGACCUCGCGUUCUCUUCUCGACCGGCAUUUACAUUUGCAGACAGACUUCCUUAUGGCACUUCAGGUUUUAUUACAGCUCCUUAUGGUCCUUACUGGCGUUUCAUGAAGAAGCUAUGUGUGACGGAGCUGCUGAGUGGCCGGCAACUGGAGCGGUCGAGGAGUAUAAGAAGAGAUGAGAUUGAGCUUUCGGUGAAAAGGGUGUUGGAGAAUGCUGGCAGUGCUGCUGCUGUUGAUUUGGGUGCUGAGCUUAUGAAGUUGACCAAUAAUGUCACUUGUAGAAUGGUCAUGAGCACCAGGUGUUCGGAGAAAUGUGACGAUGCUGAUAAAAUUAGGAAGUUAGUGAAGGAGUCUUUUGAGCUUGCUGCCAAAUUGUGCUUUGGUGAUGUGUUGGGGCCUCUCAAGGAGUUGAGUUUCUGGAUGUAUGGAAAAAAGGCUAUGGAUGUUAGCAGAAGGUAUGAUGAACUGUUUGAGAAGGUGAUGAAGGAGCAUGAACACAAAAGAUCAUCAUCACAUGGAAAUGGUAAUGAACAUAGAGGUGAUGAGAGUGAGAGGGACUUGAUGGAUAUUUUGUUGGAUGCUUAUCAUGAUGCUUAUGCUGAGUUCAAGAUCACAAGGACCCAUAUCAAAGCAUUCUUUCUGGACCUCUUCAUUGCAGGCACAGACACCUCAGCAGAAGCUAUGCAAUGGGCAAUAGCUGAGCUCCUUAACCAUCCAGAAUCAUUCCACAAGGUAAGAAAGGAGAUAGAGUCAGUCACACAAAAUGUUAGGCUAGUAGAAGAAUCAGAUAUACCAAACAUGCCAUAUUUACAAGCAGUUGUGAAAGAAACACUGAGACUUUAUCCGCCAGGACCAGUUACAACAAGAGAAUGCAACCAAGACUGCAAAAUAAAUGGAUUUGAUAUACCAGAAAAAACAGCAGUAGCAAUCAAUUUAUAUGCUAUAAUGAGAGAUCCAGAAGUUUGGGAAGAUCCAAAUGAAUUUCAUCCUGAAAGGUUCUUGAAAGAAAAAGAGAAUCAAAGUAGUGAUUAUGACUGUCAGAAUGAUGCUAAAAGAGUGGCGUUUGAUUUUGUUCCAUUUGGAGCAGGAAGAAGAGGGUGUCCAGGGACAACACUAGCAUUCAGCUUGAUGAACACUGCAGUUGCUGCUAUGGUUCAGUGCUUUGAUUGGAAAAUUGGUGAAGAUGGAAAAGGAGAAAAGGUUGAUAUGCAAUCUGGUUCUGGAAUGUCUUUAGGCAUGGUUCACCCGCUUAUUUGUAUUCCUGUUUUACAUUUUAAUCCAUUUGAUGAAUAAUUCAACGACGCUACUUUUGUCGUUGUGUCUUCUAAAAAAUCACAAAUGUUUUGGAAGUAUACUUUCAGAUAUCAAAAGUACAAUAUUAUAGAUGGGAUAUUAGACCAUUAGACUCUACAAAACAAUAUUAAAUACAUUGGCAGAACUGUCUAACAAUAUCAUAGUUGUUUUGAAUUAUGCAGAUGCAUUGUGAUUAUAAA